CCGUCUCACCUGCUGAUCGUCAGCGGACGUGGACUCGACAGGUCCGAUCCGUGCUGAGCUGUAACGGGUCAUGGCGGACUGGAGCCUGCUGGGAAACUUCCUGGAGGAGGUCCAGGAGCACUCUACCUCAGUGGGGAAGGUGUGGCUGACCAUCCUGUUUAUCUUCCGCAUCCUGGUGCUCGGGACGGCUGCUGAGUCGUCGUGGGGAGACGAACAGGAAGAUUUCAACUGUGACACGGAGCAGCCGGGCUGCGAGAACGUGUGCUACGACAAAGCCUUCCCCAUAGCACACAUACGAUACUGGGUUCUCCAGAUUGUGUUCGUGUCCACUCCAAGUCUCAUCUACAUGGGCCACGCCAUGCACACUGUGCGCAGGGAGGAGAAGAGGAGGAGCGCGGAGGAGAGCGGCGAGGAGGGGGGCGGGGAAGAGGAGGACGCAGGAGGGGGCGGCGGAGGAGGACGAGCCGAGAGGCAGGGGAGGAAGGGGGAGAAGGAGAGGAGAGAGGGCCCAUCAGCGGGACGGGUGCGUCUGAGGGGGGCGCUGCUGCAGACCUACAUCCUGAGCAUCCUGAUACGAAGCAUCAUGGAGGUGGUGUUUCUGUGUCUGCAGUACUUCCUCUAUGGAAUCAUCCUGGAUCCUCUGUAUGUCUGCAAGGCCUGGCCGUGUCCGCAUCGAGUCAACUGUUACGUCUCCAGACCCACGGAGAAAAACGUCUUCAUCGUGUUCAUGCUGGUUGUGUCGGCCGUGUCCCUGGUCCUCAGCGUGCUGGAGCUGUAUCACCUGGCGUGGAGACACUGCUGCAGGCGUCUCUACUCGUCCUCGAAGGCCGCCGCCGCCCCCGCGCUGACUCGACAGCUGUCCCUGUCCCCUCCGCCGCUGCCCACGCCACCCCCACACUUCAGCCAGUGCGUGAUGGGCUCCUCGCACUUCCUGCCCUUCCCCAACCACGGCCUGGCCAACCAGCAGAACUCCGACAACAUGGCCACCGAGAAGAACAAAAUGGCCGCCAACGAGGACGACGUCAACUUUCUUCAGACAAACUGUUUCCUUCCUGCGUGGGAGAAGACGGGGAACAAGCACAUCCCUCACAUCCAGGAUGGCGGAUACUUGAGGACUGACUCUACCUGCUACAGCCCCGCUAAGAAGGAAACCAGCUGCCCACAGAUCCAAAAUGGCAGAACGGCCGAGGCGCUGCUUUGCCAGAACGGGGCGCUGUGUCCAAAGGACAAACGGAGAUUCAGCAGAACCAGCGGAACGAGCAGCAGAAGAGCAGAUGACCUCUCUGUUUAGCGGACGUCAGCCGAUGCGUUCAAGUGCUACUUGACGGUGGUCCGACCUCUAACCCUUCACUGACCUGUACACAAACUGGACUGGCAGUGGACCCUUUAAACAUUUCCCAGUUAAGAAACUGUAAAUUAACUGGUACAUUUUUGUUGAAGUGUGAUCAGCAUCAGUUUGGUGAGUUUUCAUUUACUCUUGAUAUUAAUAUAAAUCACAACCUCCUGUCUUCCUGGUGAACUUCUACCGCUGUAUAACAGUCUGGUACGUGAACUGUCACUGAGCCUAACACAUCAGAGACUCCACUCGCAGCCAUUGAGGUGAACUAUGGGACCUCUCCCCUCUCUUCACAGGCCUCAGGACCAGAACCACUAGACUCAGAAUCAGCUUCUUUCCCACAGCCGUUACAUUGCUCAACUCUGACCCCACUACCCAGCAUGCCCCUCUCGCCCCUCAGCUCUCCCACACAUGCAAACAUUAAACUGUAUCCAUCACCAGCAGACCAAGUCACUCACUGAUGAGUAUUGGGCCACAGCCUUGUACGAUGAUCUGGCAGUCUCUUUUCUGUGGUGCCACUCUCGUCCACUGCUUUACACACACAUAGUGACUUGUAUGAAAUAUUUUGUUUUUCAGAGAACAAUGUAAGGUCAUCUACAAACCUGCACAUUACUCUGUACAUAAGACUCCCAUCUGUUUGUUCACAGUAGUUCCAUUAAAUAUUAGGUCCAUAGCUCCUGUAUAUUCUAGGUCAAUAGACAUUGUUUUAUUGUUUAUUGCACUUCUGGUUUAAACUACAUUUCAUUGCCUUGUACCUGUACGUGUAUUCUGACGAUAAAGUUGAAUCUAAUCUACAAAAUGAA